AGGUUAAACGAGAAUCAAAAAUUCUAUCUUGGAUUGCUGAUCUCCGUCAUAAUGAUGGGCGUCGUCACCUACACCGCAUAUGUACUUGGUCUCAGUUGGAAUAUUCUUCUAAACACAUGGCCAAAAUAUCGAGAACAUUGUCGAAAACCGUAUCCAGAAAUUGGCUAUCGUGCAAUGGGUCAUUUACUCGUUUCUAUAUGCAUUGACAUCACUCAGUUCGGAAUUGCUGUCGUUUACCUACUGUUAUCUUCAAAAAACAUUCACGACAUGAUUAAGGCCUUUUCAAACACCGAAUUCAGCUAUUGCAUAGUCAUCCUGAUUUUGGCCUUAUGUUUGUUGCCGAUUACCUUCCUGAAAUCGCCGCAGGACUUCUGGUGGGCGGUUGUGAUUGCUAUGAUAACUACGUCAUGUGCCGUAGUGCUCAUCAUCAUUGGAUCAUCACUUGAUUAUGAACUUUGCUCAAGUCAUACAGCCAUGCCACCUUACAAUCCGAGAAAUUUCUUCUUAGCUCUUGGAACGCUCCUAUUCGCUUAUGGUGGGCAUUCCGCUUUUCCAACAAUCCAACACGAUAUGAAAAAUCCGGCUGAAUUCACGAAAUCAGUCAUUCUUGCAUUUAGCAUUAUGGCAGUAAUGUACGGUCCCGUUUGCAUAAUGGGUUAUUUGACCUAUCACGACGCUAUCCGUGAUUCAAUCAUUCCUUCUAUACAGACAGUGUGGAUCCAACAAGCAUGCAACAUUCUUAUUACUGUACACUGCAUUCUCACCUUAACGAUCGUCUUCAAUCCGUUAAAUCAGGAACUUGAGGACCUCUUCAGAUGUCCACAUCAUUUCUGCUGGCAACGAGUCUUGAUCCGAUCCGGAACCAUGCUUGUUGUCGUUUUCGUCGCUGAGACUGUUCCGAACUUUGGACCGUUGCUUGAUCUCUUUGGUGGUUCAACACUAACGUUAACGUCAGUGAUACUACCAUGUCUUUUCUACCUCUACUUAAACACCUGGAAAAUAAAGCAGGAAUCACUCAAUGUGAAGAACGAUUCGCCAGCUACAUUGAGAGAUGUGUUCAAGUACACACCACGAACUACACUCAUUACUUGUAUCUCAAUCAUGUUAUUCGGGCUACUGGGAGGUGCUGCGGCCACGUUUUCAGCUAUUGUGGAGCUGACAAGCACGAAUUUCUUAUUACCAUGUUACGUCAGUCCCUUCUUCAAAAAGGUAUUAAUUUCAGGAAGAAUAAAAGAAAAUCUUCCUCGUUAA